AUGGCGGAGGAACAGCAGGAAACAUCACAGGGAGAGAUGGAGGGAGUGAACUGCCUGGCGUAUGAUGAGGCUAUAAUGGCCCAACAGGACCGUAUUCAGCAGGAGAUUGCGACCAGUAAUCCUUUAGUCUCAGACAGACAGGAUUUGUCAGUGUUGUACAGUGAAUAUGCUGAGGAGGACACUAUCUAUCAGCUGAAGAUAAAGGACCUACACAAAAAAUACUCGUACAUCCGAAAGACACGGCCCGACGGAAACUGUUUCUACAGAGCCUUUGGGUUCUCGCAUUUGGAGUCUCUACUGGAUGACAGCAAAGAACUGCAGCGAUUCAAAGCAGUUGCAGCAAAGAGCAAACUGGACCUGGUGAAUCAGGGCUUCACUGAGUUCACCAUCGAGGACUUUCAUAACACAUUCAUGGACCUGAUUGAACUAUGUGAAAAACAGCCAGCGCUUGGGGACCUGCUCAGUUCUUUUAACGACCAGAGCGUGUCUGAUUACGUGGUGGUCUACCUGAGGCUACUCACCUCAGGCUUCUUGCAACGAGAGCACACCUUCUUCCAGCACUUUAUCGAAGGCGGCCGUUCCGUCAAAGAGUUCUGCCAGCAGGAGGUGGAGCCCAUGUCAAAAGAGAGCGACCACAUCCAUAUCAUCGCCCUCGCACAAGCCCUGAACGUGCCUAUUCUGGUGGAGUACAUGGACCGGGGCGAAGGCGGAACGGUGAACCAUCACGUUUUUCCCGAGGGCAGCGAACCUCGCAUCUUUCUCCUGUACAGACCUGGUCAUUACGACAUCCUCUACAAAUAAGAAUCUUUUUAUCUCUGUAGGUCUUUACUGUGAACGGCAGUGAGACGCAAAUAAAACACAUUGUCCACAGUCACAAUAAAUCUCGCAUAUGUUUCACCUCGAUGAAUAAUUAUACAUACAACGACCCGUUCUCCUCACUC